UGAAGAAGACAGGGUACCUUCAAACUGAUAAAUGCGAGUUUAUGGCCGCGAUCGGCCGAGCCUUCGAUUUUUACCCUCCCAAUUUUAUGCUUUUGAAACACCGGUAUGUGGCAUGAAGCGAAGAAACAAGAACGGAAGAUCCAUGGGAUUAUCGUGGAUUACAGGAAAAGAGCAGAGAGGAGAAGGGAAUUUUAUGAGAAGAUUAAACAAGACCCGACGCAGUUCUUGAGAGUCCAUGCAGCGGCAUGCAAGAUUCACCUAGACCCAGCCGUUGCCUUGGCUGCCGAAGGACCAGGCACAAUGAUGCCUUGGCAAGGGGACACCAGCGUCAUGAUUGACCGCUUCGAUGCUCGGGCCCAUCUGGACUUCAUCUCUGGCCAGAGUGUCAUAUCAGCCAUCUCCCCGACUCCGCAGGAACCGGACGAAGACAAGUGCUUCUAUGAGCGGUAUCGAACUCUAGUGCAGAAUGAGGGUGCCGGAAUUUCUGAGGAGCAGUGUCUCAACCAAAUCAGAGUGGAUGAGAUGUUCCCGGAUGUCACUGGUCAGAAGCCGAAUGACGACAAAGAAAAACUGAAGGGAAAGAGGGCAGCCAUUGGCUUUAGCUAUGACGAUGGUAGCAAGGAGGCAGGGGAGGAGGAAGAUGAGGAGGAGGAGGGAGAGGAUUCCCAAGACAGUGAUGAUGACAGCUCCUCCGAUACAAGUCUCAGUGAUAUUGAUAUUGAUAUCAAUGUAGAUGUGGAUGAACUGACUGAUGAACAGAAGGCAGAACUCAAUUCUGUCGGUGAGCGGUAUGGCAUGAAGCCCAAUGAAUAUGUCAGAAUGCUAGAAAGGGACAAACAUGAGCUGGAUAUGCAGAAGAGAUUCAAAGAGAUUGAAGAGGAGAAAGCACUGUAUUCAGGAAGAAAAUCCAGAAGGGAACGGCGAAUGCUUGUAGAGAAAAGACUUCGAGCAAGAGGAGAUGACAAGUUGAGUCCACCAAGCUAUGCCAGUCGGGACAGCCCCACCUACCAGGACUACAGGCACUCUCGCUCUCGGUCACGGAGCCGCUCCACUACCCCGGAGGACACGGGCAAGGUCACCUUCAUCACCAGCUUCGGCGAGGAGCAAGAGGAGGAGAGGAAAGAGCGACUUGCCGGGACGCAGGGCAGCGGCAAGGCUGCCGCUGCUUCUACAAAGGCUUCCAAAUCCCUGUCUGGGUCUGAAUCUCAUGCCAAAUCACGAAGGCACCACCGACAUUCCCCCUCCUCUAGUUCAUCAAGGUCCCGCUCGAGAUCGCCAGCACGUGGGAGGCCGCGUUACCACAGCCGCUCGCGAUCCUCCUCCCGAUCCUCCUCCAGAGGGCGACAUAGACGAGGCUCCUCCAGCUCCAGGAGUUACUCUCGGUCGAGAUCCCGAUCCCGAUCCCGAUCUCCUCAUCGUGGUUACCGGCGCUCUCGCUCCAGAUCCGCCGAUAGGCACGGGGCCUCCCAUCACUCCUAUAACCGAUACCGAAGGUCAAGAUCAAAGUCACCGAUACGAUCAUCUCACGGCUGGGCGGGGAGGCCCAGGUCGCGGUCCCGGUCCCGGGAUCGUUACAGGGCAAGAUCCCGAUCCCGAAGUCCAGAGAGGAGAAACAGACAUCUGCAAAGUCCUGGCUCGGUUAAAAGUAAAAGGUCGGGAGAAAGUAGUGUGGGUAAAACACCAGGCUCUGUCGACAAAAAACAGUUGACACCCAAAGAAAGGCUUAAGCUGAAGAUGCAGAAAGCCCUGAACAAGCAACAUAAAGCAGACAAAAUAAAACAGAAUCAGAAACAGUCUGCGAAAGAACAAGAACAGAUGGAACGCGAAGAAGAACUCCGCGAGAUGACACGCCAGUUCCGCUACAAGGAGCAAGAAAGGAGAGACCGAGACAGGAGCGAGAAGGCUUGGCGGGGGCGGGCCCACAACCCUCCUCGGUCCCGCAGCCGCUCCAGAUCCCCCGAGCGCAGACGCAGAUCUGGACGCGACAGGUACUCGCCAGCUAGGGGGCGCUCCCGUUCCCGUUCAUACUCACCGCGCCCUGCGCAGUACAGGUAUUGAAGCUAUUCGUGAGCAUGGUAAUCUUUCAGAUUUGCAGGUAUAUGUAUGUUUGUAAAACAGGGAUGUAAGUACUCUGCAAUUGCUUGAUUUCAGGCUUUUUUCAAAUUGUAACAUACUGAGACCGCACUUGUAAAGCAAUCUGGGCACGCUAUCAAUUCUAUCACAAAGGCCCCCUUGAAUGACAAAAGCAUUGUGCUUGCUAGUGUUCAGAUAAUAUGUCGCAGGGCAGUUUCUUUGUACAUUAGCAUGCACAAUGGUUUGGUUUCUCCAUUGAAGGGGGCCUCAUGAGUUUACAGUGAUCACGUGCCCAGAUUCGUCUAUAAAUCAAAAUUUCAGGCACAAUUGUCGGAGUCCACUUACAUCCCUGAUAUAAGUAUACAAGUUGCUCUGAAUGCUGGCUUGCUGUCAAUCUAAUAGUAAUCUUUCUGGUAAUGGCAAUCCAAGGCUCUCUUAUGCCUAUUUUGCCCCACUCCCAAAAAUAAAGCAAGAACAAAAAGAAUGAACCAAAGUUCAGAAAAGCAAUAACCUGAUAAUUAAUUUCCCUAAGUUUAGGUCUUUCGUUUUUUGUAAUUUUGAGGCCAACAUUAAAGGGUCUCACACAGUAGGUGGGGGCGGGCUGACGUCAUCCGAUGAAAACAUCUAUUCAUUUGCAUUCAGUUUUCAUCGGUUGCUGUGUGUUGCCCAUUCAACACUCCAGACUCGAGAACCAUUGAGGUUCAAGAACAUGGGUCUGGGAGCUAGAUAAGCCUAUGUAGAAAAAAAAAUCUCAGAUGUCUGCGCCCACCUAUACUAUUAUGCAAUACAUGUGGAAAAGUGACGAGAUUUACUUGGAAUCAACAUUUGUCGGAAGGAAAAAAAAGUCUUGAAGAUUUUUUUUUAACAUUGUACGAGCUAACAACUAAGUCAUCUCACCCUCGUUGACAGUCUCACUUAAACAAACUGCCUACUGGUAGACUUGAUAUAAGCACAAUUAUUAUUACUAUUGAUUGUUCAGUUGGUAAAGCACAAGUACGGUAUUCCUAAGUUCAAGUUAUUGAUUUGGAAUUAUGAAGCUCAGCUUUAUCCAAGACGUUUCAGGCAUUCGAAAGACAAAUACACUGCAGUACGUGCCUGUACUGUGCUGCUGUUAUUCCAUUGGGUUCAUUUUCACAUAUUUUGCUUUACUGUUUAUAUAGUUGUCCAUGUGGGCUCGAGCAGAUAUGGCAUCACUUUCUAAAGAAAGUGAUGCCAUAUUUCAGUCAUCUUAUCUUAGCUUAAGUUGUCAAAAGUUAUAUACAUGUAUAAUUAUGAUACAGUAGGGAAGUGUACUUCACACUUGACCGAGGAGAGAGCUGACAGUGACUAUUGUAUGUACACCUACAUCUAUGAUCUGAAAUACACAGGACUGUAAUACUUGCAAUUCGUAGUAACACUAGAAAGUGCACAACCCAUUACAAUACCAUGACUGCCCCAGCUGUAAAACUAAGGUGCAUACUCAUUACUGCCAUGCAAAGACCCCAUUGAUUUGCACACAUUCAGUUGAAAGUUGGUUGUGUGCUUUUCCUGGUGCAUGUAUGCGUGCAGUGCACUGUGUAUUUUUCACUGGCUUUAUGGGUACAUCAUAUAUAACCCAUCAACAGUUCCCGCAGAUUCCGUAUCAGCUAAGCCACAAAGCAUUUUGGACUUGGUUUUUUUAUGUUUUGCUUUACUGUUUAUAUAGUUGUCCAUGUGGACUCAAGCAGAUAUUCAUAAUCAGCUCUCUUCUGCGACACAUCUGAUUAUAAAGUAGAAAGUUAAUUGUCCAAGACGUAUGCAAGUUACUCGAGCACCUUCUAGUGUUACGCUUGCCUAUCAUUCAAGGCCCAAAUUUGGCAUAAAAUAUUUUGAAGGAACGAAAGAAUCAAGUCCCAGCUGUAAAUAUUGAAAUGUGCAAAUUUUAGGCAUACCACAAUUACCAUGCGGAACACCAUACAUGUAGUUGGCUUCAGAAGUGAUUUCUGCUAAUAAUUUAAAUUCGCAAUUUUGAAGACAUUUGCUUUCUGUAUUCGGGAAAGAAAAGUGUAGGUUACACGUGAGUUAUUGAAUAAUAAGCUAGAUAUUGCAUAUAUGACAAAUGGAAAUGCUGCAUCAGUGACGUCGGCAGUGCUUUGUAAAUACAGGCUGUUUUUAGCACUUGCUUACAGAGUAGAAUGCUGUAUGAAAUAAAUGACAUCUCUGAAUGAAACAUAAAUCUA